AUGAUCGAGAAUACGGACAUCGAGAGUUACCUGAAUUUCGUACCGAGCAGUGCGCCCCGCACGACGGUUACCGAGCUGAGCGAACUAUACCAGCGCCUCUCCGACAAACGCAGCGUCACCAUCCACGACGUUCGAAACGCCGACAAAGAAUUUCAAUUAGAUGUAAAUGGGUUUCAAUUCUACAAGCAUCCAUUGCCAACAAUGCCAAAUUAUGGUUCCGAGACCAUCAAGAAUCACAUAUAUCCGGAUACGGUUCGGUUUUUGAAAGAAAACCUGGGUGUUUCUCGCGUGGAAAUCUUUGAGCACGUUCUCCGCAACGCUCACGACGACACAGUUAGCGAAACAACCGGUGAACGCGGCCCCUCUUAUGUUGUGCAUGUAGAUCACUCUUGCCAUGGCGCGAACAAGAUCCUUCGAGAGGUUGUCCCUGAAGCUGAUGUUGACCACCUCACCCAGACACGCUGGGCGUUGAUCAAUGUUUGGCGGCCACUGGAGACGGUGCACAAAGACCCGCUCGCAGUGUGUGACGCGCAGUCAAGCGGUGAUGAUGAUGUGGUUGAAUUGUUUGUGGACUUUUUCGAUGAAACGGCGGCUGCGGCGAAGGAAAAGCGAGUCGACGUUCAAUGGAGCGUUGUGUUUGGGCAGUACUCAGCAGCCCAGGAGUGGUGGUACAUGUCAAAGAUGACGACCGAGGAUCUUGUCGCAUUCAAGAUCUUUGAUACACAAGGUGGGAAUGAUACCUGGUGUAUGCAUUCUAGUUUUCCGGACCCAAAAACGUCGGACAGCCAGGUUCCUAGGAAGAGCAUCGAGGUGCGAUGCUUUGUCUUUUGGGAAGAUCAAAGUGCGGAUUAG